ACAUCAAUCUUUUCAAGGACUAUAACUGUUGUCAAAUAAUAAGUUUACUAGACUACCAUAAAAUGGCAGAUUUACUUGGUUCGAUUUUGGGGUCAAUGGAAAAGCCCCCAUCAAUAGGAACAGAUGAAAGAAAAAAAGCUAAAGCUGAGAAAGCCCUGCAGGCUAAGCAACAAGAAGCAGAAAAGAAAAUGCUUGAUAAUUUUAAACAAAAGAUACAGAAAAGGAUACAUGAAUUUAUUAAAGAUGGCACACAAGAGAAACUGAAACUAGAGCCUAUGGACAAAGUUUUAAGAGCCAUUGUACAUGAUGUGGCUGAGGUAGCUGGCUUGGCUUCUUUUUCUUUUGGCCUUGAAGAAGAUGAUAGAUAUGUAAUGCUAUGGAAAAAGGAAUUUGCUCCAUCAGAUGAGGAGUUAUUGGCAUAUAGAAAGGGCGAGGAGUGGGAUCCAGAGAAAAAUAAAGAAUUACAAAGACAAAGAGAAUUAGAAGAACAGCUUGAAAAAGACAGAAAGUCUAAUCCUUCCAAAGAUACACCAUCCUCAAACUACAGGGACAAGUACAAACACCUCAUUGGGGAUGAAGCAGCCAAAGAAGCAGCUAGGGGUCUAGUCUCCAACUCACAAUAUGGUUUUGUUCCUAGUAAGAAUAAGCAAGACUCUAGAACUAUAGAACAAGUGCUUGCCGAUACCAGAGCAAGGAAGAAGCAGAAAGUUGAACACAACCCGUCACAAUCAUCAGAUACCAAUUAACCUUUGAUCAGAAUCUUAGUUAACUGUGAAUGCCCUCAUCGAAUAAUACAGCAUGAAUUUACUAUACUAAAUUAUGUCAAAUCUGUGUGUAUGAUUUAUUUUCUAAAUUUGCUAUCCAACAAGAGCAAUAAUGGCAUAUCAAAGGUUACCAGAAAAUGAGACAUCAAUUUGUAGUAAAAGUAAGACUGGUGAUUGAUAAUACAUGAUGAUGGUUUAAAAUAUAAAUUUUUAAGCUUUUGAGUUAUGAGAAUGGUUUGAAUGUCUGUAUGUAAUUGAAACAUGUAUAUACAUCAUUUGUUGUAAUGAUUUUAUAUUUUUUUCAAUGCAUUGUAUUUGUAAAAAUGUAAAAGGAAAAAAAAUAAAAUUAUAAAAUAAUUUUUUUAAAAA